UCGGUCGGAUAGUCAGUUUUACGAGGGUAUGUGACCAAUACAAUUUGAUUUGAUUUGACUGUUAAUGUGAUACAAUUUCUCUGGCUAGAUGUUGCUGUUUGGCUAGUGGUCAGUCAGUGGCCCUAUUUUGAUGGUUUGGUUGGAGUGCUGAUGUUUUAUGGGCAUCGUUGUGAUACAGUUAGACGAUGAUGACUGAAGAGGAGACUACUUCCUGUGACGUCAUCAUGACAGCUGUCAAAGAAGACUCACAUGAGAGGAUCAUGUCCAGACAAGACCAAGAGGAAAAGCUCACUAUUAGAGACUGGUACAGUAUGUGUGUGACUCUCCAGCAGCAGGAGCUGAGGCUGUCUGAGGGCUCUUACAGACCUCCAGGCCAAGCCCAGUCCUUCCUGGCCCAGCAGAGGCAGUCCACCCAGGCCAGGAGCAGGAGAGGCAUGGGGCUCUCUCCCAAGCUACAGCCCAGAUAGGAGGGAGAGAUGGAGGGAGAGGUCCCUCUGUUGAGGAUGGUGGGAUUGACACUGGAUGGACAAGGAACGUUGGAAGAGGAUGUUGAUGGGAUUUUUGUGGCUGUUUAAAAAAAUCUUGGAUGUUAAAAAAACUAUUUUGUGUAACAUUGGCGCCACCUGUUGGUCAAAUGGUAUUGGUGUUCGUUUUUUGUCCAUCUCAGGUUGAAUCUAAAAGUAAAAGGAAUAGAUAGGACAGUAAAGGACUAUCACUAUUACAAUGUGUUGCCAAUGGAUUUUUGCGCUUCGAAUAAAAUAUCAA